UCGGACAAUCCAUGUUAAACAUCAGUAUGCGUCAAACAGUGUGAGCAAGUAUUUGUGGUUAAAGUGGAAUUCGAGAACACAAAAAUUGUUGUCAAACUGGAGUUGACUGACCAGAUAAACUAGCACGAAGCAGGUGUACUUCUUUGGUCAAAAAUCAUAAAAAGUCUCUUGUGCCAAGCUAUUCGUCAUUGUUUUCGUACCUUCGAAAAAAAGUGCAGUUAGUAAACUAAGAUAAUGAGUUCUAUUACACCCGUGGGGCCAAAAGCCCCUGUACAAGCCAAGGUGCUGUCAGAGCGGUCUGAACGAGCGCUGGCUCUUCAAAAUGAAGCGCAUACGUCGAAGCGAAAGAUGAAGGUGCUAGAAGAAGAGGAGUUCGUUGAAAAGCUAGAAAAGAUUAUAGAACGAGAUUUUUUUCCUUAUCUCGAAACUGUGCGUAAGCAAAGUGAGUAUCUUGAUGCUCUUGAUAGUCAGAACAGCAUUCGCAUUGCUGAGGCCGAAAAGCAACUUGGGAAGACGCCUCAUGUUGAAGUCGGAGACACUCCUUCCAAAGAAGGAUGGGAUGACGAAGAUUGGAUUAAAAAUACUCCAGGCCCGUCAAAGGUACCGUCGCGCACUUCUGAAAAAGAAGCCAAGCUUAAGAAAGAACUUGAAGGAGUUUCUCUUUCGCAGUUUAUGGCAAGAUACACUUCUGAGGACAAUGAUUCUUUCACUCAGAUUAUGAAAACGAACGAGCAGAAACGGCGAGAGAAGUUGGACUGGAUCUACAAGCAUGAACAGGACGAGGAAAAGAGCGCUAAGAGCGACUCAGCUUUAAUGCCUCCACCUGCAACACCCUUUGCUGUGACUGACGGUCGGUCAUCGAAGCCAUUGGAUACUUGGAAGUACAAGGCGCAUAACACUGUCAUGUAUUAUCCAGAAGGGGCAUCUCUUACUGACCAAGAAAUUCAGGAUCUUAAAGACAGUCAUGUUAAGGUCCAGCAUUCGGCAACUCGUCUUGGCACGAGGCCGUGGGGUACCUCAAUCAAUAUGAAUAUGGCCACCACCGCAGCAGCAUCGAGCGCUUCUCAGCAAACCAAAGGCGAUGGGUUUUGGAAUGGAGUUGUCGAAAAAGUGGGAAUCAACGGUAAACAGAGUUGGGAGAUUGCAUCUUCACCAAAAGUCAACGGUUUCUCAUUUGUAGCCACACCGUCUCCAAGGCCUGGAGUCGGCGACUCACCUUUAAUGACCUGGGGAGAAGUUGAUAGCACCCCUUACCUUAUUGACAGCGCCGGGGAUACUUCGAAAUUCCGGAUGAAAGCGCCAUCUGAAAGAGAAAAGUUAGCUCAUUCGUUAGCGGAGAGGGCUGCUGCUGCCAAGAAGAAACAGAAGGCGAUGAAAACUGUUCAGGACAACUUUACUCACAGCACCGUGCCCCAAAGUCCACGAUUCACCGGGCUUUCCCCAGCAGCAAAGAGACUUGCUGUUGGCAAGCUAGGUAUCAGUCGAGGUGUAGAUAAGAAACUUAUGGCAAGCUAUUCACCUAGCCCAAGUCAGAGUUCAAAAGAACGAUUUGCGACGCCUGUAUCAGUAGUCGCGCCAUUUCCCAGUCCCUCACCUCGGCUCUUCACUACAAAAACACCAGACUCAGGCUCGUCGGACGCACCGAAAAUCCGGAAAGCAAAAGCGAGCGACUUCUUCUAGGUUGAAAACUGUUUCACGAAGGUUCAUCAGAAAAAGCAGCGGUCUAAUUAUUUAAUUUAAUUUAAACAGGUGCCAAAUAGUAGUCUAAUAUUAUUGUAUAUAGAAACCUGCAAGUAAGAUCAUUGACCCACAAAUAGUAUUGAUAAAAGCAUAGAAUAGGUCUCAGGUUUACCGUUUAGAACCACAAAGUUAAUUGGUGCAGAAAUUCCUCGCGUAUAUCAAGGUUGUCGCCUACGUGCCAUGUAGAUAAUGUAAAAUAUGUGACAAUAUAACUGCGAGUUGUUGUUUUUCAUGACGUGUGUUUUUUUAAGUAAUUUAAAAUUGCGAUAGUUAGACUGAGAAGAAAAUGUCGAGAUUUAAUACAACGACUAUACUAUUAGCCUGAAGCGACUCUAAGAAAAAUGUAUGGUUCUAUUAGAUUUUUUCAAAACAAUGGCGAUAUAAAAUGAGAUAAGAAUUUUCGCAAAUAUUGCUGCUAUUAGCUUAGGGAUGAGCAUAAUAUAUGCAUUCUAUUAUACGUAAACAUUUGAUAAUUAGGUUAUUGAUUUAUUACCGACAAAUAAGCUUAUCAAAAGGUUGUUUGAUGAGUGUUCGCCAACGUCCACCUCUUCAGGACGCAGUCAAUAAUGGAAUUUGAAUAAUCUAAAACCAUAUAUUCUAAUAUUAUGUCUGUGAUAUGAAAUAA